CCUUAAUGGGCAAUUCAAUGCGUCCGAUGCGUAGCUCUUCGCCAGGACCCAAGGGACCGCCUGGAGAUAAAGGUGAUGCCGGAGCGUUGGGCGAACGCGGUCAGCAGGGACAGAAGGGUGAACGUGGAGAUCCAGGAAUGACUGGCGAGAAAGGUGAUAGGGGUCAUCCUGGCGUACACGGCCCCAAUGGCCAGAAAGGUGAACCAGGCCAACCAGGUGUGCCAGGUAUGGCAGGUGCACCUGGUGCUCCCGGUCUGAAAGGUGAUCGCGGUCUACCUGGUGAAUUGGGACCCAUCGGACCACAGGGUCCACCUGGUGAAGUCAUAUAUGCAGAUAAUUCUCUUAAUGGUACAGCUGGCCAAGCGGCAGGACAGUGCCAAUGUCCAGCGGGACCACCUGGCCCACCAGGAAUGCGCGGCCCACAAGGCUAUGAGGGUCCACCCGGUUUGAACGGCGAGCCUGGUCCAGCUGGGUCGAACGGUUUGACCGGCCUGCCUGGCUCCAAAGGUGAGAAGGGCGAAAAAGGUGUGCGGGGCCUGAGCGGCCCAAAAGGCGAUCGCGGCCCUGAAGGACCGCCAGGGCAGGCCUUUUUCGCUGGCGGUUACGAAGGCAUGGCUAUGAAUGGCACCAAGGGUGAUAAGGGCGAGAAGGGUAUGCGCGGACGACGCGGCAAACCGGGCCAAGCUGGACCGAUCGGACCGCCGGGCAAACCAGGUCCGAUGGGCGAUAUUGGGCAUUCGGGGCGACCUGGACUUACAGGACCUAAAGGUGACAUGGGCAGCAAAGGACAAAAAGGUGAAAAUGGCGGACGAGAAGGGAAAUACACUGGCAAAUGUACGUGCAAUGCGUCUGAUAUCCUAGAAGCAAUCAAAGAUAAUGAAAUACUACGUGAAACAAUACGCGGCCCACCCGGCCUGCCGGGUAAAGAGGGAAAGACUGGUGCGCCUGGACUCACGGGUGCUACAGGGAAACCAGGUGAACGCGGUGCCCCCGGUCCCAAAGGUGACCGCGGCGAUAGGGGCGAUCCUGGCUCCCGUGGACCCGAGGGUCUGCAAGGGCAUAAAGGCGAGCCCGGCGUCGACGGUAUGCCCGGCGUGCUGGGACCGCCUGGCCCGCCGGGACCGCCUGGCUUGCCUGAAAAUUACGAUCGCAUGAACAAUAUGAACGCUUGCGGUUUGGCAAAUUGUUGCAACGGCCAGCAACAUUUAGCUGACAAUGGCGCUAACAAUAGCAACAACAAUCAGCGUAGCUUAUUUGCUUUCUUUGCAGCCAAUCUAACUCUAAUCUGCCCGCAUAAGCUGACCGCUUUCGCUAUAGCUUAUAGGCCAGCGAAUAGUAUAUAUGUAGAUGUUGAAGAAGAUGACGCAGACGACGACGACGAAGAGUCACAGCAAUUGUUGCUGGCAAUUGUUGCAAAUAAUAGAGAUUUGCUUUAA